UUACCCAAAUGGAACUGUGUUUUUUCGUCUUGUGCAGAGCUGCGUUCAGAGCUAGUUUCAGUGACGGAAAUGGCUGGUGCUGAUAAUGUCGCCCAUGAUAUUCAAUCUAUCCUCUCUUCUUCGGAGAGGGAUUAUCUCGUUCGGAAUAACGGCGAUCAGGUACAAAUUGAGAGCUUGAAAGGGAAGAAAGUUGGUUUAUAUUUUUCAGGAUCUUGGUGCGGCCCCUGCCGACGAUUCACCCCUACUUUGGUGGAGUUGUACAAUGAAGUCUCACCUAAAGGUGACUUUGAGAUCAUCUUUGUGUCAGCUGAUGAAGAUGAAGAUUCCUUCAAAGGUUACUUUUCAAAGAUGCCAUGGCUUGCUGUCCCAUUUUCUGAUUCCGACACGCGCAGUAGCCUCGACCAAUUGUUCCAAGUGCAAGGGAUUCCCCACCUCGUGAUUCUGGACGAGAAUGGGAAAGUCGCCACUGAAGAUGGAACUGAGGUUGUACUUGAGCAUGGAGCUGAAGCAUACCCUUUCACACCAGAAAGGAUCAAAGAGUUGAAAGACCAAGAAGAGGAAGCCAAGAGGAACCAGUCCUUGAGAUCUCUUUUGGUCUUUAAGUCACGAGACUUCGUUGUAUCUUCUGAUGGGACGCAAGUACCUGUGUCUAAACUUGAAGGGAAGACAGUGGGUCUGUAUUUCUCAUAUUUUGCGUACAAACCAUCCGCUGAUUUUACCCCAAAGCUUGUGGAGGUUUAUGAGAAGCUGAAAGCAAAGGGGGAGGACUUUGAGAUUGUGUUGAUAUCCGUUGGUGAUGAUGAAGAACCGUUCAAACAAGGACUGAAAAAUUUGCCCUGGUUGGCAUUGCCAUUCAAGGACAAGAGCUGCGAGAAGCUUGCUCGCCACUUCGAGCUAUCAACCUUGCCCACCUUGGUUAUUAUUGGGCCAGAUGGAAAAACCCUUCAUUCCAAUGUGGCUGAGGCCAUUGAAGAGCACGGCGUUGCUGCAUACCCUUUUACUCCUGAGAAGUUUGGAGAGCUUGCUGAGAUAGAGAAGGCCAAAGAGGCAGCUCAGACUUUUGAAUCUAUUCUGGUUUCUGGAGAUCUAGAUUUUGUUUUGGGGAAAGAUGGGAUCAAGAUUUCAGUGUCAGAUUUAGUGGGGAAGACAGUCCUCCUAUACUUCUCAGCUCAAUGGUGCCCACCAUGCCGUGCAUUUCUGCCAAAGCUUAUAGAAGCAUAUCACAAGAUCAAGGCCAAAGACAACGCACUUGAAGUCGUCUUCAUAUCCAGUGACAGGGACCAGGCCUCGUUUGACAAAUUCUUUGCUGAAAUGCCAUGGCUGGCGCUUCCUUUUGGUGACUCUAGGAAGGCAUUCUUGGGUCGCAAGUUCAAGGUGCAGGGCAUUCCCAAGUUGGUGGCCAUAGGACCUAGUGGCCGAACCAUCACGAAAGAAGCCAGAGGACUCAUCACGCUUUAUGGUGAUGAAGCCUAUCCUUUCACUGAGGAAAGGGUGAAAGAACUUGAGGCAGCAGCUGAAGAACAACGGGCAUUGGAGGAAGAGAAAUCUAAACAAGGUCCCAAUGAGGAAGAUGAGAAUAAGAAAGAUGGGUGGGUUUGUGAUGGAGAAGUUUGCACUAAAGCCUGAGCAAGAGUUAAGAGUGAAGACUGUUUGUUGUAUUGAACUUGUCCCUUGCCUCGUAUGUAUCUCGUGUGUGUACUUCAAAGUAUGUAUAAUGUUGUGUUGGAUUUUAAUGUUAUAAAUAAACAUUUUUAGCUA